AUGAUGUUUAGUGGCGGAAGCAGGGACGAGGAGUCCCUCGACGAAUGGAUGGCGAUGCUAAUUGGAAUCCCGGUCCAGAUGAGCCUUGUGCCAAGGGAGGAUGGAGGUGGAGGGGCGUCGCUGCCAUGGAGGAUGAAGGAGGAGCGGUUUCUACAGUGGGGACAACAGGAGACAAGGGACCUCAUCACGAUCAAGGCCGUCCUAGAGCGUGACCCCUUGGCGGCCAGGACACUGGGAGGCAGCGGUGGCCAGGAUGAGAGACGGCAGCUACCAUUGGACGCCGGACCAAUGCAAGAGCAAGGUAAGGAGACAGCUGAUCCUGGUGCAGCAGGCAGGCAAUGGCCUUUCUUUGAUGAGCUGAGUGUAGUGUUCAUGGAGCACAGAAAGGAUAUGAAGCGCCGCCUCCUUGAAUCAGAAUCAGGUUCUUCCCGGAGGAAGAAGCCAAAGAGGCUCAGCAGUAUCCAAUCUUCUGAAGAAUCAGGUUCCGAAGACGAGCAGCAGCGGCAUAUUCCGAAGAGCAAGAAGAAAGCAGCUGACAGCAGAGGCGUUGCUAGCAUCCAGGAACUGCUGCAGGAAUUCUUGCAGCAGCAGCAGAAGAUGGAGCUCCAGUGGUGCGAGAUGAUGAACCUGGUGCAGGAGUGGCGGGUAUUGGAGCUAGAGCAGCAGCAGUCGAUGGAGAAGCUGGAGAGAAAGGCUGAUGUUGGAACAGGCAUGGAGGAGUAG